AUGGGCUCUGCUGAAAUGGUUCACGAGUCUACCAGCGCUGCUCAGCUGGCAGCCAUGGGCAAAGAUCAGAUAACUGCUGAUGACAAGGUCGCUCAUCAGACCACAUCUGUUGACGCUGAUGUGGAGAUUGUGCCGGCAGAAGAAGAGAAGUCAUACUAUUCCAAGCUCUCGGUGUGGUUGAUGGUAUUGUUCUCUGGUCUUGCUAUCGGGUCCGACGGCUACAAUGCGGCCGUCAUUGGAAACGUGGAACUGCUUUUGGCGGUGCUGUACCCCGAGGCCCUGACGACAUCCAUCUACCAGCGCCUAAGUAACGCGUUCCUGAUUGGCAUGAUCGUUGGCAUGCUGCUCUUUGGCGUCGUCGUCGACCAGCUCGGUCGCAAGACGGGUGCCGUCGCAACCACUAUUCUUCUUGUCCUCGGCAUCGUCCUCUCCGCCGCCGCCCACGGCGUCGACGCCACUGGCAUGUUCUGGAUGCUCAUCAUUGCCCGCGGUAUCGCUGGCGUCGGUGCUGGUGGCGAGUAUCCCGUGUCCGGCGCCGGUGCUCUCGAGGCUUCAGACGAAAACGGCACCCUGCGAAAGCGCCGAGGCUUCAUGUUUGCUAUGCUUGCUGAUCUCUCCGCCUCGCUCGGCUACGUCUGGGGCGGCCUGGUCCCGCUGCUGCUGCUCCUGUGCGUCGGACAAAAGGUCGAGCAUUACGAUACAGUCUGGCGGACGUCGUUUGCGCUCGGACUGGUGCCGCCUCUCGUCAUCUUUUGGUUCCGCCUGCGCAUGGCCGUGUCCACGGCCUAUCGUCGAUCGGCCAUGCGCAAGCAGCGCACGCCCUACCUGCUGGCGUUCCGCCGGUACUGGCGGCCGUUUCUCGGCGGUGCCGCCACGUGGUUCCUCUACAAUUGGAUCUCAAUCCCCUUUGGCAUCUUCAGCUCGACCAUUAUCUCCCGCACCGGUGCCGAGAAUAGCUUGGUGAAGAACUUGGGCUGGGGAGUAGUGAUCAACUGCUUUUACAUUCCGGGACCAUUUCUCGGCGGAUAUCUCUCCGACAAGCUAGGAAGACGUCAAACCAUGGCAUUGGGCUUUGGAGCCCAGGCAGUACUCGGCUUCAUCCUCGGUGGUGCGAUUGGACCGAUCCAGACCAUAUUUCCGCUGUUCGUCGUGCUCUAUGGCGUCUUUCUGACCCUCGGAGAGGUCGGCCCCGGCAGCACCGUCGUGCUCGUCGCGUCCGAGUGCUUCCCCACGUCGAUCCGCGGUCAAAUGAUGGGCCUCAUCUCGGCCUGCUCCAAGGCGGGAGCGGCCAUUGGUACCCAGGUCUUCACGGCCAUUCUGAACGCCUAUACCGACGACUCCAAGGGAGAUCAGGUGGCUUUUCUCAUUGGCUCGGGGUUUGCGGUACUGGGCGCCUUGAUCGCAUGGUUUGUGAUCCCCGAUGUUUCGCGCCAGCUCGACGACGACGACGCGGCUUGGAAGGUGUAUCUGGCCGAUCAUGGAUUCCAGGCAGAAUGGGGUGACAACGUCACGAAAGACCCAGCCGGUGUCGUGAUGGAUCAGCGCAGCUCAUAG